GUCGCAUCGUCUGCUGCGUUUACUACUGUUAACCAUUAUAUUUCUGAAAUGAAUUUCCUUUUUCAACGUGAAUUUAAUUGAUUUAUCGUGUGUGUAAUUACAUUUGUACAAAUAAGUGAAAGUAAGAUGCCUUGUAAAUUGGACUCAGGAUUUGAAAAAGCAGAUUCGUCGAAUUUGCCGAAAAUAUCAAUUUUUAUGGUUUGGGAGUACCUUGUAACUGAUGACAGGUACAAUGCUCCCGAAGUUCGAGGUGUAAAAGCUUCUGUAAAUGCCAGAGAAAGUUACGGCGAUUCCGCUAUAGGUUAUGUCAGCGUCAAACGACAGAAUAAUUUGUGUACUGUAAAAGGAAGAAUUUGCCCUGAACAUCGCGUUCGUCAAAAAGCUUAUCAAGUAUUAAUGGAAGUUGAUGAAGAAGAGGAGAAAAUAAAAACUUUGAAAUGUUUAGAUUGUGCAGCAUCAGAAGGAGGAUGUAAACAUGGUGUUGCAUUUUUAAUGUGGGGUAAUCGGAGAUCUGAAUCUGCUUCUCCCACUGACGUCGAGUGUUACUGGAAAAAACCAACGCUGUCAAAUGUCGGAACAUCUAUGAAAUUUAUAACAGCCAGUGAAAUGGCAAAAUAUUCUUUGACAUCUGCUGAAGAUUUUGGCGAUAAUUCGACAUUUUUGCAAAAAGUUAUUGCAGAAGCUGAAGCACGACAAGUAGACAGUCAGUUGUCACGAUACACGAUUACUUUAACAGAACGAGAGGUUCAUUCAUUGUCGAUUCACCAACUGCUAUCUGAUUUUUGUUCGAAUAACGAGGAUUCCUUUGACGAUUUUGUUAAUUAUGCUACGCAGAAAAUGUUACAAAAUUUGUGUAUGCUGGCAGAAAAUAAGACAAGAGAUCAAAAAAACAAUGUUUUGUGGCAUGAAUUAAGAUUCGGACGAAUAACAGCGUCAAAUAUUUAUGAAGCUAGUAGAUGUAAAACACCGGACGGUUCAUUGGUCAAACGGAUUAUAGGAGCUGCAAAAACGUUUGAUAAUAUGUACAUGGAACGUGGAAGAAAAUUGGAAGACCAAGUUAUCGCAGAAUUAAAAAAACAACUAGAUGUAGAUAUUAUUGAAACUGGAUUAUUUCUUCUUCCAUCACGACCUAUUUUCGGAGCUUCACCUGAUGGUAUGGGGGACGAUUUUGUCGUAGAAGUGAAGUGUCCUAGUUCGUCUAAAACUGUGAAAAAUUACAUAUCGGAUGGUAAAAUAAGCGAUAAAUGCAGGGGACAAAUUAAUUUGCAAAUGAUGUGUACCGGGAAGAAAAAAGGAUUGUUUUGUGUGGCUGAUCCGGAUUUUGAAAAAAAUAAUCAAAUCCAAUUUAUGUGGAUUGAAUAUGAGGAAAAAUACAUUAGAGCCUUGAUGAAAAAAGCGGAAAAUUUUUGGAAGAAUCAUGUCUUUCCUAUCUUACUAAAUGCAAUGGCACAUUAA